GCUCAACAGAUGGUUUUGAAGGUCAAUAGACACUAGAAGCCCCCCGGGGGACCAUCUCCAGCAGCCAACAGCCACCCGGUGUUGGCGGUGGAACCGAGGUAGCUCUGGAGGGCUCUCAAGGUUUUAUGUAAAUAACGUGUUUUUUAUUUAAAUUCUGUUGUCUUUUUUGUUACACGAUUGUGGCUGAGCUCCGUGGACGAGCAUGCCGAUCUUGUCAGAUCAGUUUCGGCAUUCGAUGAACGUGGAUCCAUCGGAAAUGGCUCCACCCAGAAGAGGGAUCCGUUUUGUGGUUUGCUUCCUGGUGUUUCUAGGUAGUUCUAGCGGUAUUUCUGGUAGCGAGGAAGUGCCGUUGAAAGAUGAUUACGAAACGAUGCCACCACUGUACCUGUACGAAGAUGUAACCGAUUGUUUCGAGCGACACAGUGCCAGCUUGUACUGUGUUGUGAAGACGGUCAUCAGGCCGAAUCCACAGUCCGCAUUGUGGAACACAAUCGAGAGGUACUCGAAACGUCCUUCGUUCCACGAGCAUUCCCUACUCGAUCGUGGCCUGUGUGUGGAUGAUUGUGCGGCGCUGGUGGAGGGCCUGGAGCCCGCUAUGCAAUCCUUCCUCGACACAGAGCGCUUGACUUUGGAGCAUUAUCUUCUGUUGAAGCUGCUCUCCGAUGACGAACUUCCAGCUCACCAAAAGCAGUACGGUCGGUUGCUCAACAUUUGCGCCAACUACCACCUCUGGUUGCGGUACAAUCUCACGGGCUACUCCGAGCUGGAACGUUGUGUUACCAAGGAAACGCACCAGUCGACAUCGAUCAGCGGGUACCAUGUGCUGUUUGCUGUACUCGUGUUCACACUGACCGCCCUAGUGAUCUAUGCAACCGCGAUGGAUUUGCGGCGUGGAUCACGGACCACCAUCACCACCACUAACAACAACAAUGAAGCUGCUGCGCCACCUACCACCGAACUACCUCUCUGGAUGGAGUUUUCGGUGCGCCGAACGUGGUCGCAACUGGUGGCACCGCCAACGAAUCAACUGCAACGUGAUUUCGCCUUCGUCGAGCUGUUCCGGCUGCUGUCGGUGUUCUCGAUACUAGCCAUCCACGUGAUGUGCUGUUACACUGCCGCUCCAACGGCCAAUAUGCGGCUGCUGGAGGAACUGUAUGCGCAUCCGGUAGUGCAGUCGUUGGGUAGCGUUUUCCCCUUUCAGGUACACACUUUCUUCACAAUCAGUGGCAUGAUGCUGGCGGUGUACUUUAUGCAGUAUGCUGCGGGCAGGCGCAUCGGAUCGUCCUACCUGGGGAAGGCCAUUCUUGCUCGCUACGUUCGCGUCUUUCCGCUCAUGUUUCUGGUGUGGCUGUACUACGUGUCGUGGUUCGAUCGGUUGUCCCAGGGUCCCGGUGACUAUCGGUUCUUUGAGACGGAAAGGGACAACUGUCGUGCGAAUGGGUGGCUUAACUUUCUGUUCUUGAAUAACUACUUCCAAUUCAACAAUAUGUGUAUGCAGAAUUCGUGGCACCUUGCUGCCGAUUUUCAGUUCUUUCUCGUCGGGCUACCGCUCCUGCUGCUCAUCCACCGGCAUCCGAGGCUAACUAAACCGCUCCUAGUGAUCGCUGUCGUGUUCUCACUUGUUGUGCCAACUGCCAAUCUCUAUUAUCACAAGAUACCCGGCAUUCUGCUGACCGUUUUCAAGCAACCAAGAUUCGUGUUCUACGCACACCGCGAGUUCCAGUACGACUACAUGCUGUUCCACACGAACACGUGUAGCUACUUUGCCGGACUGUUUGCCGGGUUGGCCUAUCAUCGGCUGAAGACGCAUCCCUCCCUUGAGCUAGAAUCGAUCAAAGGCAUACGGGUGCUGAGAUGGGCACCGUUGGCGUUGGUCGUUGGACAGGCCUCGAUGGCGUUCAUCUUCUACCGCCUUGACUACAGCGAGCCGUUGUUGUGGAAUGCCAUCUUCGGUGCACUUCAUCGGUGCAGCUGGGGUGUAAUGUGUGCGGUGGCGCUCCUCCAUGGUGCUACGGUGUGGCGUGCAAGAUACUCGCGGCUUCAUACACACCCCGCCGUCCUGCUGCUCAGUCGUCUGUCGUACGGAGUGUUUAUGGUGCAGUUUUCGGUGCUGAAAAUUCACGCUCGAAAUGCCACCGGUACCGGGCUCGAGUACAAUUGGCGGAUCUUUGUCGAGGUGGUUGCUUCUGGGUGGAUCUGGUGUUAUGUGUCCGCGUUUGUGUUGGCCGUUCUGGUUGAGUUUCCGAUUGCAGCCAUCUGUAAACGAUUGCUUCGUUCCCCAAAAAGUGACAAACCGAGUCGCGAACGUAUGAAAUCAACAUAUCUGAAAGAAGACAAAGGCAACUGAGAUGUCGUUUACUGAAUUCCGGUUAUUCCACGCAAUACUCCUAAAUGUAUAAAC